AUGCAUAGCGUCUUCAUCUAGACUGAGAACAAAGAUUGCCAGAUUACAUCUUCCAUGUCUCGAAGUGAAGAAUUAGAGUACAUGUUUUCUGGGAAUGGAUAUCAGCCUCCAACUGAAGAUUGUUUCAACACAGAGAAAAAAGUUUGUUUUCAUACUGGAUUGCCUUCCACGGAAAUUCGGUUGACUGUCUUCGACCACAUUUCUACAAGUAUCACUCAGCGCAGUCAAACUCUGAGCAAAUUUCAGGAAUUUAUAAUGGUUCUGAUCAAGCUUCGACUUAAUAUUCCAUCUCCAAGUAUCUCUACCAACAGUAUCCAGGAUAUUUUCUUGAUGGUUGACUGUAAUAGAUUCUUGUUUGUUGUCACUCAUUUACUGGCCAGACAGAAAUCAGCUAUGGAAACCAAUGCCAAUGUGUUUCCAGUAAGCAUUUGGCAAAAAAGUGACUGUGAUCAUAGACUGCUUUGA